AUGGCCACGAAAUAUGUUGAAUGGGGUUGUUGCGCGAAGGAUAAUGAAACUGAUGAAAAUUUGGUAGAUGAAAAAUUCAUUAAAUGCACCAGUUGCGGGAAAUCUUAUCACUACGCAUGUUUAUCUGUCACGGAAUCUCCAAACAAAUCUUGGAAAUGUCCCACAUGUUUAAGUUGCGCUCCUAAAGUUAAUAGGAAGGACUCAACUCCUAUACGUAACGUGCAGAUGAACAGAGGCAACAAAAGAGUCGCUAUUGGCUCACCAUCGCCGCCACCAAUAGCAAGUAACAAGGAUGAGAUACGGACUAUGAUCCGAGAUAUAAUAAAAACAGAAUUCAAUCUAAUUUUGACACAAUUCAACAAAACAGUAGUCAGCACAAUAAAUCAAGAAAUGGAACCUAUUAGAAAAGAAAUUCAAGAAGUAGUGGCAUCAAUGUCAUUCAUGAAUGACAGAUUUGAAGCCUUCGAGAAAAGUCAACAAUUUACUGUUGAAGUCAUCAAAAACCUUGAAUCUGAAAAUAAAGAUGGUUUCUCGGUUGUGGCACCUGAAGUAGCAGUACCCGGAAAAACUACGGCAAUUCUCGUGACUCUUCAUGGGAGAGCCGGCGAUACAAAUCUAGACCCACUUAACGUUACGGUUAGGCUUGAAACUCAAGACGCUGAUAAUGAUGUGAAACUUCUGACUACUGCCAGCCAAAUGAUCACAGGUACGUGUUUGUAG